GACAGCAAAUGUCCUCACUUUUCCAGCUUAAUUCAUUGUUUGUGUGGCAGCCAAUCAACAGUUCUGAUGACACAAGCGUAACUUAAGUUGGACUAUAAAAGUACAUGUGGACUUUGCAUGAUUUAUUAGUGUGACAGACACCUCUCCUCCCCUUGACUUUAAACUUUUCAUUAGGAGUCAGUUUGACUCCACAAUAACGCAGCCGCAAAAUAAGGGGGGAAAGAAGCAAAAAAAGCCCCAAGAGAUUCUGACUACAUGAGAACAUGAUAAAAUUACGUGCAUGGGGCUGCAUUUGCUGUUGUAUGCUGGUAGUAUUUAGCCCAGUGGAUCUAACAGACAGCAACCGAGCAACAGACAAAGAUACAUUGUGCAGUGCCUGUACCUGGAGACAGAACAGUAAAUCUACAAGGCUUGAAGCUAUAAAAAUCCAGAUCCUUAGCAAACUUCGACUGGAACAGGUACCUAAUAUAAGCAAGGAUACUAUAAAACAUCUUUUACCCAAAGCACCGCCUUUGCAAGAUUUAAUCGACAGAUAUGAUGUUCAAAAAGAUGAAAGUAGUGCUGGUCAUACGGAAGAAGAUGACUAUCAUGUCACUGCUGAAACUGUUAUUAUAAUGCCUAAAGAUUCUGGCAUUUCCAUUGACACACAAGAAAAACCUAUUUGUUGCUUUUUUAAAUUCAGUUCUAAAGUUCAGUUGACUAAAAUAUCGAAAGCACAGCUCUGGAUACAUUUAAAGCCUGUUCAAAAACCUACGACAGUUGUUGUGCAGAUCUCGAGACUCAUUAAGCCUUUGAAAGAUGGUACAAGAUACACUGGAAUCCGCUCGCUAAAACUUGAAAUGAAUCCAGGUUCUGGAACUUGGCAGAGUAUAGAUGUGAAAACGGUCCUGCAAAAUUGGCUGAGGCAACCCGAAUCCAAUCUAGGCAUUGAAAUAAGAGCAUUUGAUGGAAAUGGGCAGGAUCUUGCAGUCACCAGCAAUGAAGAUGGUCUGAGUCCAUUUAUGGAGGUCAAGAUUAUAGACACACCAAAGAGAUUCAAAAGAGACUCAGGUCUUGACUGUGACGAGCAUUCAACUGAAACUAUGUGUUGCCGAUACCCAUUAACAGUUGAUUUUGAGGCAUUUGGCUGGGACUGGGUGGUUGCCCCAAAGAGAUAUAAUGCUAAUUACUGCUCUGGAGUGUGUGGAAUUGAAUUUCUACAGAAAUAUCCACACGGUCAUGUUGUUAAUCAAGCUAACUCCAAAGGUCCUACGGGUCCGUGUUGUGCCCCAACCAAAAUGUCCUCCCUAAAUAUGCUAUAUUUUAAUGAUGAUGCAGAAGUGAUCCAGGGAAAGAUUCCAGCCAUGGUAAUUGAUCGUUGUGGGUGCGUAUAAGCAUUCAUUAUGUCCAUCAUGCCAUGAGAUAAAAAUCAUAAUUAAGGAACUUAUACACUUCUUUUCCUAACGGAAACCCGUUAUCCAGAAAGUUCAGAAUUACGGAAUGAACAUAGACUCCAUUAUAAUCAAAUAAUCCAAAUUU